CUCGGUCCGAGCGACCCCAAAGUUCGAAAGAACAAAUUCGAUUACGAAGCCUAUGAAUUACGCGCAUCAGAACUUCUUGCACUCCCGCGGGGACGAGCGGCAAUACAGCGAGGUGGCAUCGUGUGGAGGAUUGCCAAAGAACUUCUCGGAGAAAAACGCACGGCCGACUUCAGCCCUUCCGACGAUCUGUGGAGUUACGGUGUUGAGCACCACCGCCCUGGGCGAACAGCGGUGUACUCCGACAACCUCUCUCCCUACGAGCUGAAAAUACUGUGCGGGGUUUACAAAAAAAAUGGUCAGUCAUUGAAUAACCCCACAGGUGAGGUUUCGUGGUGGCCCACAGCCGACCAGUGGGACAAAGGAGGAUAUAAUGUUGGACGCUGGACGCCCUUCGCCGAAGAAUGGUUCCAAAAACGACUUGACAGGAUCAGAUGCAACGAGGAGACAGUCCGAUCGAGGGGCGAUUGGAAGCGGGCAAUCAAAGUGUCCUCUGGAGCCAUCAAGUUGCGAGACGCAGUUCAUGUCGCGAGCACCACGUUCAUCACGAACGCACUC